AUGAUGCAUGGACCGUGUGGAGCUGCUAAACCUGACAAUGUUUGCAUGGUGAACGGGAAGUGCUCAAAGAGUUUUCCAAGACCUUUCAAUGAUGAAACUUUGAUGGAUUCAAACGGCUUUCCAUCAUACCGGCGGUGCAGGGAUAAUAGGGUUUUCACCAAAAAUGGUAUAAAUCUUGACAAUGGAUAUGUUGUUCCAUACAAUAGGGAUCUUAUGCUACGUUAUCGUCCACAUAUAAAUGUUGAGUGGUGCACUCAAACGCGUGCUGUGAAAUAUCUUUUCAAAUAUAUUCAUAAGGGUCCUGACUAUGUCUCUGCGGGUUUAGACAAAGAUGAGGAUGGAGUUGUGGAUGAAAUUAAGAAUUAUUAUAACUGCAGAUACGUCUCUGCUUGCAAAGCAGCAUGGAAAAUUUUAGGUUUUCCAACUCAUUAUAGGAGUGUUUCGGUGGAAAAACUUUGCUUCCAUCUCCCGAACCGUGAAGUUUAUGUCCAUGAUGAAGACGAACCUCUUGAGUCUAUUUUGAAACGGGUUGGUGUUAGUGUUUCAAUGUUUCUAGGUGAUUGUUCAACACAACCUGGUGUAGUCUGGGAAGCAACUUAUGAGUAUUUGACUGAUGAUAUACUUUACAGACGUCGUCUUGAAAGCGGAUAUGAAGGUUUAAAUCUAUCGACCGAGCAGAUUAAAAAUAUAGCAUUGCAAGAGAUUCAGGAUUUCUUAGAAAGCAGAGGACGUUCACUAAAGAAAUUUAAAUGUAUGCCAAAACCAGAUAAUUUCAUGGAGUACAACGGCAACCGAUUGAUUGAUGAUGAACUCAAUUACAAUGCUGAGGAUCAAAGAAAAGAGAAUGAGAGACUUCUGGCUAUGAUAACAGAUGAGCAGAAAGGUGUUUAUGAAGAGAUUUUGGAUGCCGUUUUGAACAACAAAGGUGGUGUUUUCUUUGUAUAUGGAUUUGGAGGUACUGGUAAAACAUUUCGUUGGAGUUGCCUUUCAACCGCUAUUCGAUCUAGAGGUAAGAUCGUUAUCAACACUGCAUCGAGUGGGAUUGCUGCUCUGUUGUUAGAAGGUGGUAGAACAGCACAUUCGAGAUUACCUGUGAGAAAACCAUUUGGUGGGAAGGUGGUUGUUUUUGGAGGUGACUUCCGUCAGAUACUUCCGGUGAUUCCUCAUGAUGGCCGAUCAGAAACAGUUAUGGCAACAAUCAAUUCUUCAGCACUAUGGGAUGAUUGCAAAGUUUUACAACUUACAAAGAAUAUGAGGUUGCUUGCUGGACUAAGUGAUGUCGCUGCCGCUGAACUUAAGGCAUUCUCUGAAUGGAUAUUAGUUGUUGGUGAUGGUAAAGUCAAUACUCCAAAUGAUGGCGUUGUGGAUAUUGAUAUUCCAAAAGAUUUAUUGAUCAAAGAUUGUGGCGAUCCAAUGAAAACUAUAGUUAAAGAAGUGUAUGGAAACUUAAUAAGUAGUCAACAUGCUGAAGACUUUUAUCAACAUCGUGCUAUUUUGAGUCCCACAAACAAAGAUGUUGAUCAAAUUAACGAUUAUAUGUUGUCAUUGCUGCCAGGUGAAUUACAUACCUACCUGAGCGCUGACAGCAUUGCACCCAACGACAAAGACCCAUCUAAUAAGGUAACAUAUCCUACAGAGUUUUUGAAUGGAAUCAAAGUUUCUGGAUUACCCAAACAAUGUUUGAAACUCAAGAUAGGUGCACCAGUUAUGUGUUUGCGUAACAUUGAUCCUAAGGGAGGUCUAUGUAACAGCACUAGGUUGAUUGUUACACAUUUAGCUCGCCAUGUUAUAGAGGGUAGAAUCAUAACAGGAACCGAUAAGGUUGGAGAUAAGGUUCUCAUUCCUAGAAUGUUCGUUACACCUCCGGAACCGAGUUUUCUUUUUAGAAUGCGUCGAAGACUAUUUCCUGUGACAUUGGCUUUUGCAUUGACAAUCAACAAAAGUCAGGAUCAAUCUCUUCAAAAUUUUGGUUUAUUCCUACCUAGACCAGUAUUCUCACAUGGACAGCUAUAUGUUGCAUUAUCAAAGGUGAAGUCUAGGUCUGGUUUGAAGAUUUUGAUUACUGAUAAGAGUGGUAACGUGCAGAAGAAGACAACUAAUGUUGUGUACAAAGAUAUGUUCAGUAAGAUUUUUAGAUGCUCUUUACGACAAUCUGUUUAG